AUCAGUUUGAAGGUCCAUUUUGGAUGGGGAGACAACAAGGAAGCUGUGACAUAACAGGGAGGGAGAGAGAGAGAUAGAGGCCAUUUCUAGCCCUUCAUCAUCUUCCUUCGUUCACCCAUUUCAAAUUGCUUGCUGAAGAGCCUUUCUUCGUCUUCCUUGUUGAACCAUUUCAGUUUACACACACAGAGAGAGAGAGAGAGAGAGAGAGAGGAUGAAGGGGCACGGUGGUGGCGGAAGCAGUGGGAAUAACAGAGCGAGGCAAUACUACGGGGUGAUGCUAUGCCUGGCAUUUGGGGCAGCCAUACUAGGAGUAAUGGCCGUUCACAAGCUCAGGGAGAGUCGCAUCUUCAAUCUCCUCCUCAAGGAAAAAGACCGCGAUCUCCUCUCCCUCCACCUCCUCCUCCAGAAGGAAAGAGAAUAUAACAAGGAAACAAAGAGGAAAAGCCAAGAGAUGAAAGCAAAGAUACACUCUCUUAGAACCCAAAAGAUGGAUCUGGAUGGCAGGAUCCUAGAGAUGCAGUCUACAAUUUCUUCCCUGAAAGAUGAACAGAGGAUCAUGGAGUUGGCUCUUGAGGAGAAGCAGAAUGAGAUGAAAUUGCUGAGAGAGAAGGAGAUGGAAGCCAGCAAAGAACAUCCACGCAUCAUAGCUCUAUCAGAAACCCUCAAGCAGAAGGAAGCUCAAAUCCAGGAUUUGCAGCACUUUCUUGAAAACCCGUCAAAUUCAACUGUAAACUUAACUAAAACGGAAGGUACCACAUGGAGGGAUACAAAAGAGGCAACUGGUGAACUUUCAGACAAGACGGAAGAAGCUCGAGAUGAAGCAGUUGGAGAUGGGAGGAUUGGGGGUGAAAAGAGCAUUGAAGGUCCAGACAUAAAGAAGGAAAAGAAUGAUACAACUGCAACUGAUGCAAUCCUUAACCAAGGCAAUGGUUUGAGAAGUAGAGAAGCAGCAGGUGGAAAAGAACUUGGAAUGGCCUGGAAUGGGGAGACAGAUACACGACCACGAGGUGGAGGUGGAGGUGGUGAUGGUGAAUCUCAGCAAUUUGGGAUGAUGAAUUCCAGGGGUGGAAUGAAGCUGGAAAUGUCAGAUAAUUCACAGGCGCUUACGGGUCAUAAGAAGAGAUGGAGAACAAUUGCAAGAAACAGGAGGCACAGGAGUAGCAGGAAUGCUGAAAAGGGUGAAGAUUUAAGUACAAGGCGAAGGAAAUUUCAUAAAGAUGCACUGGGACCUCGAGAUGAUGAGCUGCAGAAAUUGGAGCCGAACCAAGGGGAUCAUAACAUGAGUUCCCAAAUGAAUGAUGAAUCGGGUCAAGGAAAUGGCGAGCUAGAAUUUCAUGGUAAUCAUCCAGAAGGUCUAAGUUCGGAGUUCAAAAAUGAAGAACAGGCUAGAGUAGAAGGGAGAGGUGGAGAUAGUGGGAAAAUAGUUGAUGUAGAAGUCCAACCUCUCAAGGCUCACAACACAGGUGAUAAGGAAAAUGAGAGCACAAGGGGUGGGAACACUCUGAAAGGUCAGCAAAUUGAGGAAGGGCAGAAAGUGCAACUGGGAAAAUCAAUGGAAGAGGCAACAGCUGAACAACAAGAAAGAGAGACCGAGGAGGGUGAUAAGAAGGAUCAGAUUUCUGAGUCAGACCAAGUUGGUAAGAAGUAUGAGGCAACAGAGGAUUUGGCUUCUGAAGGAACUUGGAAAGCAGAGCUGGAUGUCGAGGAAUCCAGGACCAAGCUGGAAGAAGAAAAAGAAGGUGAAGAAGAAACUGGUGAGCCUGAGUUUUAGUAAACUUGAUGAAAUCUUAGACGACUUCCCCGAUGCAGAGCUUUCAGCAAACCUGCAGUCGUAAGUACAGCAGUUUGCAUGCUUGUGUUUGCUUGAUUGUAUUAAAAAGAAAAAAAAAAAAAAAAACACUCUUUCUCUAGCUCUGACUGUCCAUGUUUGUCUGCAUGUUUUGGAUUAAUUUUACAGGAGAUGUGGCAACAAGUAGCAUCUGGAAUGGGUUUAUUAAACAAUCACCAAUAAUAUGAAAGGGUGCUGCUACGAUGAAACCAUUUAGGGUUGAGUUUGAAGGGGCUAUUUGACCGUGUCUUUUGUCAUUUGGAAUUUGAAAUCCCAUAUGACUUGCUUGGAUACAUAUGUAGGAAGCAUUAGGAUUUGAGUCCAAAAAACAGAACAACUUCAAAUAACACCAAGAUAAAUGUUAUUUCAAAUAACAGAAUUUAAAAUGCAAACAUUUCAAAUGGUAUCAUUUGAAAUUACUCACUGCAAACA